UUAAAAUGAUUUCUAGUAACUAAACGAAAUCAUUACUUGAAAGCAUGGAGAAGAACGAAGAUCCAUCCGCAUUUGCAGAUGCUUUAGGACUUUUAGAAAAGCUAAUUACAAAGUACUUACUUACAGCAAAUAUGAAUUAGUAUAAUAAACAAUCCCAACGAAGAUAAAUUUAAACAUAUAAAGAUGACAGUGAAAGCAUUAGCCACACGUCUAUUUAAUAUAAGAGAAAUGGCACAGUUACUCACAUGUUUAGGUUUCAUUUAAGUAAUCAAUCAUCUUUAAAUAUAAUAUAGUUAGAAUAAGAAUUUUAUCUCCCUGAUGAAGAAUAUGCAACAUUAUUAGAGAAUUACAAUACAAUUAAGUGGUAGCAUAUUUUAUCUUAAGGAAGAGCAGAGGGACCUCAACAAUAUCAAAGAGCUUAGGAAAUGUAUGAUUUUGUUUUUAAUAUUUACUAGAGUUAGAUAAUAGCAAGAAGCUUAGAAAUAAUAUGAAAAAGAGCAAAAAGAAAAGGAGAAAAUUUAAUAAUAGAUGAAAUACGAUAGAUAAGAGAGAAGCUUAGUGAAAGAAAAGGACUCAAAAGCCAAUGAUUUGUAAUUUGGUGCCAAAGUGAAAACAUGUGAGUAGCUAGGCAUAAAUAAGAAUACUGGUAAACGUGGGUGAGGUUGAGCGGGGCGAAGGUUUAAAUACUUUCGCCUCGCAUUAUAAUAAUAAGGAAAAUAAUCAAUCAACCAAUAGAAAUAAGAAAUUAUUUCUUAGAUGAUCAAAGUGCAUUUAAAACUAAAAGAUGCUUUUUGAGAGAUGGAUUGUGAGUUUUCUUUAUAUAUAUAUGUAUGGUGA